AUGUUUAAAGAAACACGCGUUGAAUCAGUUAAUGGUCUAAAAGCAGCAGUUAUACAUAGGCUUCAAGCAUCUUUCAUAAUAGCAAAAGACCAAUCGAUACUAGAAAACAGUAAUUUCGGGACAACUGCAGUCGUUUGUUCAGAAUAUUUGGGCUACUAUAAACCUCUGAAAAUUUUGAGCAGUCCAAUAAUUCUUGGAGUCAAAACAGCAGCAUCUAUUGUCCUCAUAGAGCUGUUGCUGCAAAUAAAAAAGAAAUAA